UAUGGAAACACAGAAAAGCUUUACCGGAAAAUAGCUGAUAGGGAGUUUAUGACAAGUUAUUACACCUGGCUAAUAAGUUAACACAAACUGUUAACUAAACAAGUAAAUAGUAUAUAGAAGUAGUAAUCACUUAAAACAAUCGACGAUGCAUCCUGAACCCCUCGAAUCCGGUGAGGUGGAAGAAGAGAGUGGCGAGGACUCCAGUACGACCCUGCAAGCUGGAGAUGCAGAAAUAUUGCUGAACGCAAUGUCAACAACUUACAGUAAACUAGAGGAGGCCCCCACGGCGAACUGCAGCCCCCUGCCAAACGAUAUCGAAGGAGACCGUUGUGUGUCCUCACAUACAGAAGUUGACAAACUCAUACAAGCCCAACAACAAGAGAAAAAGGAAAAGGACUCAGGUCCAAGAAUGACAAAGACAUUUCUGAAGGACCACUGCAAACAAAAUAAACUCUACAUGACACCUCGAUUGAAUGACACACUGUAUUUGCACUUCAAAGGCUUCUCCACUAUAGAGAAUCUGGAGGAGUACACAGGGCUGAAGUGUCUCUGGCUGGAGUGCAACGGGCUGCUGCGCAUUCAGAACCUGCAUGCCCAAACAGACCUACGCUGCCUCUUCCUCCACCAGAACCUCAUACACAAUCUGGAGAACUUAGAACCACUCAGCAAGCUCUGCACCCUCAAUGUCUGCAACAACUACAUACGCACCAUCGAAAACAUUGCCUGCCUCCCUGAUCUGGGCACCCUGCAGAUAGCCCAUAAUAAGCUGCAGACAGUGGGAGACGUGGAGCAUCUGAGUCAGUGCCUCUCCCUCAGUGUACUGGACAUGUCCCACAACCUGCUGGAUGACCCAGACAUCCUCACUGUGCUGGAGAGAAUGCCUGAACUGCGCGUGCUGAACCUGAUGGGAAAUGAAGUGAUAAAGAAAAUCCCAUACUACAGGAAGACUAUGAUCAUGCGUCUAAAACAGCUCACGUACCUGGAUGACCGACCUGUGUUCCCAAAGGACAGGGCGUGUGCGGAGGCGUGGGGGACAGCUGGUCCAGAGGGGGAGCGCAGGGAGAGGGAAUCAUGGCAAACACGAGAGAGAAGGAAGAUCCAGGACAGUCUGGACGCCAUGGCAACCAUCAGAGACCAAGCUAGGGAGAGACUGCGAGUCAGAGAGCUGCAAGAGAGAGGGGAGUAUGAGACCACUACAACUCCAGAACUUGAGAGCCCCAGUGAAAAGAACCAGAGCCAGAAUCAGAGCCUGGGCUGGGAGGAGAGGAUUCAGGCAUUUGUGGAGGACAGUCUGGAGGCCCAUGAAGAGUUCCUACAGACACAGAGAGAACAGCCAGAAAAGGAGGAGCUAGGGAAUGAACAGCCACUGAAGAAACAGCUAGACAGAGAACAACCAGAAAGAGAGGAUCUGGAGAGAGAUCAGCUAGAGAGAGAAGACCAAGAGGGAGAUCAGCUAGAGAGAGAAGACCAAGAGGGAAAUCAGCUAGAGAGAGAGGACCAAGAGGGAGAUCAGCUAGAGAGAGAGCACCAAGAGAGAGAUCAGCUAGAGAGAGAGGACCAAGAGGGAGAACAGCCAGAUGGAGAGCAAGCAGCAGAAGAAAGCUUAAAGGAAGAACUGUUAAACCAGUCAAAGAGAGAACAACUACAAAGAAGGCAGCCAAAGAGAGAGAAGUUAGAGAAAGAGCAGUCAGUAUGUGGCCAGCCAGAGUCUCAGACAGCUGGGGUGAUUGUAGAGCACGGUCCUGGACCAAUGGUGACUGAGCUAGAGGAGACAGAGGACCUGGAGACCAUCCACCUGGAGCCACGCCCACCACUUCGUAUUGAUGAUCUCCCUGACCUGGAGGAUGUGAAUGUUGAAGAUCCAGACAGCACCUGCAUCUUCUCCUCUCAGCAAGUAUUCCGGCCAAAGAUAGAGGUAAUUUCAGGAGAGAACAACGAUGUAGAUCCAAUCAUACAUCAGAGUGGGACUGUGUGGACCACAGAGACCACACUUACCUCAGAUCCAAGCUCAUCUUCACUGUUCAGGGUCUGUGACAACACGUCAAACAAAUCGCCCACCAAUCACCUAGUAGCAUUGGACCCAGAGGCGGGGGAUGCCCCAGAGCUGGUGAUAUCAGACCCUCAGGGAGAACCCAGACAGAGGCAGAGCCCUGAAGCCAGAAAACCAGGUUGUCUCAUUGAGGAGCUGGACUAACUCUGCAGAAGGCUGUGAUAGCAUUAACAACACUAGGUUUAGGUGUUCAAUCUGGGAAAGCCUUGUUUUGCUGAAUACAGGUACAAUGUAAGCACAGAGAGCUGCUAUGGAGCUAUUUUGCAGCCACGGGUUUACACCCAACACAUUUUCCGCACUAAACAAUUUUUUUUGUUUUUUUGUUAGUUAUUCGUAGCUGUUCUGUUACUGGUUAUACUUUAUAUUCUGUAUUCUCAGGCUCAGUGUUCUAAAUGAAAUGUUCAUAAACUCCACUUCAAAUCCAUUCCAAGAUAAUCCCAGGCAGAUUAUAGCCAGGGCUCAUAAAAUAAAACGUUAUAGUACAGUA